UCCACACACACACACCUCCCUUUCAAAACAGACAGUUUGCUAGUUUCUUUAGACUUUAACUAACGGUCAAGAUGGAUAGAGCUAUUGCACUUGAAGCUUUGUGCGCACUCUGCAAUUCCUGUGUAACAUCUUUUCAAAAACAAGGAUUUCAUGGAGGAGCAGCAUCGCAGCGUCGGCAGAUGUGUGUCAAGGAUUUCAUCUGCACAGUCUUGGAUGCAGAUGAAACCUGCCCGGUGUCAAGAUCCAACUUUGUGCGCUUGCAAAGUGUCCUGCAAGGUUAUGGGCUAAAAGCAGGCCAAGCCCAGGAUGCUGCUGUGCGUGCACCAACAGACAGGGAUAUCAUCAUUGAUGAAGAUGAAUUCUUUGACCCUCAGUUCGACUAUGAUUUCCGCUCACUGACGGACAAUGAAACUUACUACAGAGGAGGGGAGGUGUAUGAGCGCCCAUAUGGUUGGUACCGUUUUGCCCUGAAGGUGCUUGAUAAGUAUGAUGAAAAUGCCUGGUUGGGAACCCGAUACCGCAGCACCCAGUCAGUGCCAGGGGAGUGGCCGGUGUCCUACCAUGGGACCUCAAAGAAAGGAGCUGAAGGCAUCAUCUCAGGAUACUACAAGCCGGGGGCGGGUCAGGCGUAUGGCAGGGGGAUUUACUCGACCCCCUACAUCGAUGAGGCGGUCUACUACACCAAAACAUUCACUUCCAACAGUACGGGCAAGACGUACCAAGUGGUUCUGCAGAAUCGAAUCAACGCCGUCUACAGACAGAAACACAACAAUGACAAGUACUGGCUGGUCCCCAUCUCAGCAGGGACAUCACCUGCAAAUGAGCAGGACAUCGUAGAAAUGACCAUCCGUCCUUAUGGUCUCCUGCUGAAAGAGGUCUAACAGAGCAACGAGGGUCACACGAAAAUGUCCUGAGAUUUAUAUUAGCCAGAGGAUGUGUUGUCUAUUGAAUAUCUACGUAAACCAUGUAAACCAUUCACUGAUGUUGUCAAAUGUAAUGAAUCAAUAUGAUAUUUGCAUGUAAAGAUGAAUACGACGAAUCAAUAUUACAGCUGAAUACAUUAUAGAGAGAGAUUAGAUAAACACACUGUAACUAAUUAGCCUCCACACUGAAUGGUUUAGGGACAAAACCUGGAGAAGCAGCGUUUAGUUUUUACGCUCCACAUAUCUGGAACAAACUCCCAGAAGACUGCAGGUCUGCUCCAACUCUCAGUUCUUUAAAAUCACGAUUGAAGACUUUUCUGUUUGCGACUGCUCCAAAUUGUAGGGUUAAUAUCUCACACUUUACUGUAACUUUGUAUUCUCCUGAUUUGAUCUAUCUUACUCUAUUUUAGCUUUAUUUCCAAUUUGAAACUUUUAAUCACAUUUAAAUGUCUAAACUUAAAUUUUGUCAUGUGUUGCUUUUAUAUCCUUUCUUGAUGCAUUUGAUGUUUUAUGUAAAGCACUUUAAAUCCCUUUGUUGUUGAAAUGUGCUAAACAAUUAAAUUUGCCUUG